GAAAACGUUAAAAAAACUUCGAGAAAUCAUGGAAUAUCGUGUAAGCUAUAGGCCAAUAUGCACCACUCAAUGACAACUGAGACAAAUUUUUUCCUCGGCUAAUGGGACGUAAUUUCUCACCUCGACCUUGCCAGCUCUCUAAUUGCUUCUGCGUCCCUCUCGAUAUUUCUGAUCAAUCAUCAUAUGUUGUCCCCCACUGCGCGAAUGUGUGCGCGAGGAAGCAUGAGACACACGACACGAGAUAGCGCGCGCACAUAGAAUGAACACAACACAAAAAUUAACACGCGGCACGAAGCUGUGUGCGCGAGAUGUUUUUGUCUCACGUCACCCCUGCCUGACUCGCGCAAUGCAAUGAAAUGAUUUUUCCCAGGCAGUUGCAAUUAAGUCAUCAGUGGGAUUGGUUCAGCGAUUUGGAAGUAUUUUGCGUUGAUAGUUAUUUUUGCUCGAGCGUUACCAACGCACCAACCGGGAAUGUCUCGUGCGGAGUUUGAAGAGUUGCUCUUCUACGUGGUAGAGCUGAAGGAUAAGCUGAACCAUAAGUUGGACGAACAGUGCGCGAAGAUUAAUCACCAGGGUUCGAUAAUAAAUCAGCAAGGGCAGAUAGUGGACGAACUUUGCUGGCAGCUGAGAGAGCUGAGUGAGAAGGUUAGGGAAUUGCGUGCCGAGAAUCGUCGCAUGAAGGAGCGGUUGGAUCGAUUCUGUCCGAAAUGUAGUGGAUGUUGUUGCGAUUCCAGCACGUAUCAGAACCACGUCGUGGAACAGUAUAACGAACUUACGACAAAGUUGGAACUCGAGGGGGGAAAGUGUGAACCACCAGCAGCAGCUACUUCUGAUAGUGAUAAAAGUGUGCGAAUCAACGAACCAAAGCAAGUGCAAAAAACCAAUGAAUACGCCCAAGUCGCGAAGAAACAUGACAUUGAUGGGCGAGGUUCCAGUAAGAAAAAGUGGCAUUUUGGCGGUAGCACCAUUCGGAAAGAGGCCUCAGUGAACCCGAAAUCAGCGGCCAGUAGUAAAACCACCUGGUACCUGGACGAGGGCAGCAUUUACGAACCGAUAGAGCUAUCCGCGAAGCCAUCCACCCGCGCCCAGUUGGAGAAAAUAAGCGCCGAGGUUUCCAGCGUCCCUAAGCCUGCCCCACGGAGACUGUAUACGGCAGCGGGUGUGGACAACCUGGCGCAAUACUUUGGCGAUGGCACGCGAUCCGAAGAAGAGGACGACGGUGAGGACGUUAUUUUGCGACCUUCUCGGGUUAAGCAAUUCCACCUGGAGCACGAGAGGGGAAGCAGCAAGGUGGCAUGCAGUCAGAUUUCGGAUCUGGACCAAUCUUAUCUACCCCGGGAGGAAUACAUCACAGCGGAAGACAUUGUCCGGUUCACAAUCAACAGCAGACCCGUAACGACAGCGCCGUCCACCGCCACCAACUCCGACAAGCCGGACAAUCGAAGGCACGCCAUUCGUUCCUUUAUGUAGCAGACGCGCAAAAACACAACUCACAUAGCACGGAAGCUCGCCUGAAGAUAAUGUUACUACCAUUGCGUUAUCGCUUGCGCCCCAUCACGGAGCGCUUUGUACCUGCCAUAACUCUUAAACCCAUAUAGCAAUAAAUGUUCUGUUGUCCCCACACAUCAA